AUGCCGAAGCAGCCUGCAAAGCCUCCUCAUCAAGCCACUGUUGCUUUCAAGAACAGCCAAACACCAAGUGAUCCGGCAAUGGCCGCUUCUCAUUCAACUAACCUAAGGCUGGACUAUACCAUGAACGCUCCAGAGAUGCGCCAGAGUCCCCAGGACCAGGAACGGGCAAGUAUGAUGUAUCAUACUGCUUCCCGUACGAGCCAUAAGCCAGAGAUGCUUAACUACCAGUUCAUGCAAACGGAGCCGAGAAUGGCUCCUGAGCCAUUUAUCAACAUUCAUCCCUGGCUGGAUGGAUACACGCAGGAUUUUGCCUCUGUCCCCAGCAGCAGCGGGAUGUGGGACGAGCUUCCACAGCUAGAUUUCAUGGGUAUCCCCAACGGCUACUAUCCCUCCCCGUCCGCUUCUCGCGCAAUGCAACCAUCGCCCCCCAAGGACAAUAUAUCAGACGAACGCUACGCGAAAAUCGCAAGCUUAUGGCCGACCAGAAAACAGGCUUCCCGUCGCUUAAUUCAAACCCUCUGGCGAGAUGUUGCGAACUUCGACGUGGACAACAUAUACUGUGAAGGCGACACCGGGAGCGACCAAGUCCCCAUAUCUUCAGAGGACCCUGUCGGAGGCGAGUCGAGGUGGGGGUUUGACAAUGAAAGACGGGCGAGGCUUAUCAACGACUGCCGCCCCUUGAAUAAGCAACAAUCGGAGAAAGCGCACAUCGACAGACGCGUUUCAAACGACACUAGGAGUGACUCGGGUUCCAGCGGUCAAGACAUCCAGAGUUUCGGCACUAAAUUUCCAUCAACCCAAAUUCUAGACAUCAGCAUUGAUCUUUACUUCCAUCGCUUCCACCCAUUGAUGCCAUUCAUCCAUCAACAUACAUUUUCAGCCAAAAAGACGUCAAGCACAUUGUUGUUCCCUCUGUGCUUGUUCGGUUUAACUCUCCUCGACUCGGCUCGUGCCAAAAAGUUUGUUGAUGCUCAAUUGCCAGAUGCCAUUGAGAGAUGCAGAAAGGAUCUGGUUCUAAGCUCUCGUCGCGAGGGGCAACUAGGCGAGCUGCUCACAGCCCUAGCAUCCUCGAUCCUUCUUCUUGCUCUGGCUGCUGUUAGCCUCAAGCAUUCGCUUGCAGAGUACACCCGCCUUUUGUACAACGAGACUAUGUCCGUCGCGGACCGCCACGGCUUAUUUGUCCCUCAACAGGGAGAGGAGCUUACUGCGGCGAUAUUCCAGACCUUUACGGGUGACGAUGUGGUGUGGAAGGCGUGGGCCCGGGUUGAGUCGGUCAAGCGACUUAUUGUCACGCUCAUCAUGACCGAUUCUUUCUACUCCCAUCUUGAGGGCCAUAAUCCUCUGAUCCACCCAGAGCUUCUGCAUUUUUACUUUCCGUGCAAGUCUGAGCUAUUUCAAGCUCCGAAUGGCAGACGGUGGUCUCAGAUGAUCACCAGCGGAGCAGCCACGAUCAUGCCUUGGCUUACGCCACAGCUAGAAUCUACGAUCCUCCCACCGCCAUCGGAUGCCAGCGCUAUUGGAUUUUUCGGCCUGUUCUCCACGAUUUGGGUUCGCAUUGGAGAAGCCAGAUACAGAUUCAACGUCAGCACCCCCGACAAUACGGUUCUCCUCAUUCCAGCAGAGGUUUUCGCAAAAGACAACCAAGCAGCCUCAAUCAUCCCCCUGAUUCUACAAGUGUGGCAGACUUAUGGAGAGUCUAUAGGGUCGAUCAAUCCUAAUUGCGAGGCUUUUUGGCAUCAUCUCUGUCUCGCAGUAACCGCUGACCUCGGGGUCUUUGAGCUCGCAGCAGGGCGAAGUGGAGCCGACAGUGCUAAGAGUGCUUUAGAAAAGAUCGUGACGUGGUCUCAAUCGGCAGCAGCACGCCGGGCGUGUGUCCAUGCAGCACAAACGUUCUUCAUCAUGUCAAAGAGAAGCGUGAAUAGCGGAACCUCGUUCGAAGCGGAGAUCUCUCUAGUUCUCUCAGCUCUCGUACUUGGGCUGUACGUUUUCGUGAUGCCCCAGGUCGAGGUUCCGAACGCGCCACAGGAGAUCGAAGCCUUGGAACUUCUGGAUCGUGUCAACUGGAAUCUAGUUGGCGAGGAAGGGUUUGGGAAAUACCCGCUGCCAGAGGCCAAGACGACGUGCCCAGCCAGAACGUGGAUCAGAGAUAAUGGCCCGAUCACCUUCUCGGGCGUCCUUCUCCAUGGUGGAUACUACUCUGCUCGAAGGGUGCUGCUCGAUUACGUCUAUCUUUUAGAAGAUGUAGGGAAAUGGAACGUCGGGGAGUUCUGCCACAUAUUACGAAUUAUGAGUGAUGCGCUAAUUGAUCUUGACCCGGUCUGA